UUGACCAUCCUAAAAACUCAAACAUGAGUCAAUAAUCCAGCUCGCGCUCUAUCGAGCUUUAACUGCUACUGUAAAGCGCGUGUCCCGUUAAAGAGCGACAAUCUGCGUCAUGUGACGGCGGACGGACGGAGAGAUGAAGAUGGCGCAGCACCGGCGCUGAAGAGUCUCCCGUUCACACCGUAAAAUCACGGAAAAUUGUAUCGAUUACGCGUAGAAGAACACCACGCGCGCACGAGACUCGAGAAACGUUCAAGGUUAGUUUGUCCUCGCGCUGUUUUGUCGGAUUCCAGUGUUAAAUCACGACUAACCGAGUCAAUGAAAUAAAUAAAUGAUCGUCUCCAUCCUCAGAUGUUGCUGCCGUCGCAUCCAUAACGGGAGAUCCAGGCGCACGGAUGGGAAACCUGAGCUGACGUGUGAAAUAUGUCGUUUGUUUUAUGAAACAUACUGCUGUGAGAUAAACACGUCUGACCGUCUGCUUGAACUUUAAUGUGUCAUCGUACAUGACAUUUAACCGAAACUCUUUUGAUAUCUUGGUUAUUUUACCGGGAUCAUGUGGACACCGACCGAGGACGAGAAAAUCGGAGUGGUGGUCUGUAGUUUCCGUGGAUCUUUGUCACAUGGUCUGACUCUAGAGCUUGGAGAAACGGUUCAGAUCCUGGAAAAGUGUGAGGGAUGGUACAGAGGGUUUUCCACCAAGAAACCUACAAUCAAGGGAAUCUUCCCAGCUGGCUACGUCCACUUGAAGAAGGCUGUCGUCACUAACAGGGGGCAAUAUGAGACAGUGGUCCCCCUGGAGGACCCCAUCAUUACAGAGGUCACCUCUACACUGCAGGAGUGGUCUGUCCUGUGGAAGCAGUUGUAUGUAAAGCAUAAAGUUGACCUCUUUUACAAGCUCCGUCACGUGAUGAACGAGUUGAUUGAUUUGAGGCGACAACUGCUUUCAGGCCACCUGACCCAGGAUCAAGUCCGUGAAGUCAAACGCCACAUCACUGUACGACUGGACUGGGGCAAUGAACACUUAGGCUUAGAUCUGGUACCAAGGAAGGAGUUUGAAAUGGUCGAUGCGGACCAGAUCAGCGUUUCAGAUCUCUACAAAAUGCACCUAUCCAGCAGGCACAGCGUCCAGCAAAGCACAUCCCAGGAUGGUGGAAGACAAAGACACGGGGAUUCGUGUCGAAUGCCUGUGCCGCACCAUCUCUUCGUCAACCUAAAGAGCUUCACGUACAACACCAUCGGCGAGGACACAGACAUCUUCUUCUCUCUGUAUGACCUGAGAGAGGGCAAGCAAAUUAGUGAAAAGUUUAUGGUGAGACUCAACAAAAAUGGUGGCCCAAAAAACCCAGAGAAGGUUGACCGCCUCUGCGCACUCUUUACGGACCUAAGCAACAAGGACAUGAAGAGAGAUCUGUACAUUGUGUCCCAGGUCAUCAGGACGGGCCGGAUGCUGUUAAACGACUCAAAGAAAGGACCCCCUCACGUCCAGUACCGCCGGCCAUAUGGAUGUGCAGUCCUAGCCAUGAGCGACGUCCUCCAAACCAUCUCUGAACUCAAAGAGGAGAAAGACUUUGUGCUCAAAGUUUACACGUGUAAUAAUGAAAAUGAGUGGUACCAGAUUCAUGAGAACAUUAUCCGCAAGUCCAGCACCAAAUACACCGCCCCCAGCACUAACUACGGUCUAAUCAUCUCACUGCAGCUGUUGAGAGGUGACAUGGAGCAGGUGCGCAGGGAAAACCCCAUGAUAUUCAACCGCGGCGUGGCCAUCACACGCAAACUAGGUUUCCCCGAUGUGAUCAUGCCAGGUGACAUACGCAACGACCUCUACCUCACGCUGGAGAGAGGAGACUUUGAGAGAGGAGGCAAGAGUGUUCAGAAGAACAUUGAAGUCACCAUGUAUGUGCUCUAUGCUGACGGCGAGAUCCUCAAAGAGUGCAUUAGUCUGGGCUCAGGAGAACACAGCAUCAGUGAGUACCGCUCUUUCGUUCUCUACCACAACAACAGUCCACGCUGGAGUGAGGUCAUCAAACUGCCAAUCCCCAUUGACCGAUUCCGGGGGUCCCAUCUGCGCUUUGAGUUUAGACACUGUUCAACAAAGGACAAAGGAGAAAAGAAGCUUUUUGGCUUUGCGUUCACUCCUCUCAUGAGGGAAGACGGCACCACACUGUCAGAUGAGAGCCAUGAGCUUUACGUCUACAAGUGUGAUGAAAACACCACCUUCAGUAACCAUGCGCUGUACUUGGGGUUGCCCUGUUGUAAAGAUGACUUCAACGGCUGCCCAAACAUCCCGUCCAGCCUCAUAUUCCAGCGCAGCACUAAGGAGACCAUCUGGAUAUCCACUCAACUCUCUUCCACCAAACUAACACAGAAUGUCGAUCUGCUAGCUUUGUUGAAGUGGAAAGCACAUCCAGACCGUGUAAUGGACAUUUUGGGGCGAUUGCGCCACGUCUGCGGAGAAGAAAUAGUCAAAUUUCUUCAAGACAUCCUCGACACACUGUUCUCCAUUCUGGAUGACAACACAGACAAAUAUGGACCCCUGGUGUUUCAGUCACUGGUGUUCAUCAUAAAUCUGCUCCGGGACAGUAAGUUUUAUCACUUCCGGCCUGUGAUGGAUACCUACAUCCAGAAGCACUUUGCUGGAGCACUCGCUUACAAAGAGUUGAUUCGAUGUCUGAAGUGGUAUAUGGACAGGUCAGCAGAAGUUGUACGACAAGAUCACAUCCAGGAAGCCAUGAGGGCUCUAGAGUAUUUGUUUAAAUUCAUCGUCCAGUCACGGAUCCUCUACUCCCGGGCCACCUGUGGGAUGGAGGAGGACCAAUUUAGGGCCAGCAUCCAGGAGCUUUUCCAAUCCAUCCGUUUUGUCCUCAGUCUGGACAGCCGCAGCUCUGAGACACUCAUUUUUACCCAGGCUGCCCUGCUCAACUCUUUCCCUGCCAUUUUUGACGAGCUCCUUCAGAUGUUCACAGUACAGGAAGUGGCAGAGUUUGUGAGAGGAACUCUGGGUAGCAUGCCUAGUACGGUCCACAUCGGUCAGUCCAUGGAUGUGGUCAAGCUUCAGUCCAUUGCUCGAACGGUGGAUAGCAGGCUUUUCUCCUUUCCAGAAUCAAGGAGAAUUCUCCUUCCUGUUGUUCUCCAUCACAUUCAUCUGCAUCUUCGGCAACAGAAGGAGCUUCUGAUCUGCUCAGGAAUCCUGAGCAGCAUUUUCUCCAUUAUUAAGAGCAGCUCUUUGGAGAGCUCUGUGCAGGAGGAGGUAGAGAUGAUGGUGGAGAGUUUGUUGGAUGUGUUGUUGCAGACGCUGUUGGCCAUCAUGAGUAAAUCUCAGUCUCAGGAGGCGGUAAGAGGGCAGCGCUGUCCACAGUGCACGGCUGAGAUCACUGGGGAGUAUGUGUCCUGCUUGUUGUCCCUCCUGCGUCAAAUGUCGGACAUUCACUUUCAACACCUGCUAGACAAUUUCCAGAGCAAAGAGGAGCUAAAGGAGUUCUUGCUGAAGAUUUUCUGUGUGUUCAGAAACCUGAUGAAGCUCAGUAUAUUCCCGCGUGACUGGAACGUCAUGCGACUGCUGACCAGCAAUAUCAUUGUGAGCACAACUCAGUAUCUGUCGCCUGCUCUCCAUAAAAGCUUUACGGAUGCUGACUUUGAUUUUAAGGUGUGGAAUUCAUACUUCAGUCUAGUGGUGUUGUUCAUCAACCAGCCCAGUUUACAGCUGGAGACUCUGACACCAGCCAAGCGGAAGAAAGUCUUUGACAAGUAUGGUGAUAUGAGGGUCAUGAUGGCUUAUGAGCUAUUUAGCAUGUGGCAGAAUUUGGGUGAGAAUAAGAUCCACUUCAUACCAGGAAUGAUUGGCCCAUUUUUGGGUGUGACGCUCGUACCUCAAAAUGAAGUCCGAAAUAUAAUGAUCCCCAUCUUCCACGAUAUGAUGGACUGGGAACAGAGAAAGAACGGCAACUUCAAACAGGUGGAGGCAGAACUGAUAGACAAGCUGGACAGUCUGGUGUCUGAAGGCAAAGGAGACGAGAAUUACAGAGAACUCUUCAGUUUACUAACUCAGCUGUUUGGGCCGUACCCCAGUCUGCUGGAGAAGAUUGAGCAGGAGACCUGGAGGGAGACAGGCAUCUCCUUUGUCACCUCUGUCACGCGCCUCAUGGAAAGACUGCUGGACUACAGAGAUUGCAUGAAAGGUGAUGAGACUGAAAACAAGAAAAUUGGUUGCACCGUCAACCUGCUGAAUUUCUACAAGUCAGAAAUUAAUAAGGAGGAGAUGUACAUCCGAUACAUUCACAAGCUGUGUGACAUGCACCUGCAGGCCGAAAACUACACAGAGGCGGCGUUUACACUCCUGCUGUACUGGGAGCUGCUCCACUGGGAGGAAAGACCCCUCAGAGAGUUCCUGCACUAUCCUGCACAGAGCGAAUGGCAUCGUAAAGAGGGUCUCUGUCGUAAGGUCAUCCACUACUUCAACAAGGGAAAGUGUUGGGAGUAUGGCAUCCCGCUGUGCCGAGAACUAGCCUUCCAGUACGAGUCCCUGUACGAUUAUCAGAGUCUCAGCUGGAUACGGAAAAUGGAGGCGGCGUAUUAUGACAACAUCAUGGAGCAGCAGCGACUAGAGCCGGAGUUCUUCAGGGUGGGAUUUUAUGGUCGGAAAUUUCCCUUCUUCCUCAGGAAUAAGGAGUUUGUUUGUCGGGGGCAUGACUACGAGAGGCUUGAAGCCUUUCAGCAAAGAAUGCUGGGAGAAUUUCCACAAGCAAUCUCCAUGCAGCACCCUAAUCAACCAGAUGAGGGGAUUUUACAGGGUGAUGCUCAGUACCUACAGAUCUACGCUGUGACUCCAGUUCCAGAAAACAUUGAUGUGCUACAGAUGGACCGCGUGCCUGACCGCAUCAAAAGUUUCUACAGAGUCAAUAAUGUCAGACGAUUCCGUUACGACCGGCCCUUCCAUAAAGGGCCAAAAGACAGGGAGAAUGAAUUUAAGAGUCUCUGGAUUGAGCGGACCACACUCAUCCUCACCCACCCUCUGCCCGGGAUCUCCCGCUGGUUUGAAGUGGAUAAGCGUGAGCUGGUUGAAGUUAGUCCACUGGAGAACGCCAUUUACGUGGUGGAGAAUAAGAACCAGGAGCUGCGCACCCUGAUCAGUCAGUACCAGCACAAGCAGCUUCACGGAAACAUUAACCUGCUCAGCAUGUGCCUGAAUGGGGUGAUCGAUGCAGCUGUCAACGGGGGUAUCGCCAGAUACCAGGAAGCAUUCUUCGAUAAAGAGUACAUUAGCAGUCACCCAGAGGAUACAGAGAAGAUCACCCAACUCAAGGAUCUGAUGCAAGAACAGGUUCAUAUCCUUGGUGUGGGUCUGGCCGUCCACGAGAAACUGGUGCACCCGGAAAUGCGUCCCCUGCACAAGAAGCUAAUCGACCAGUUCCAGAUGAUGAGGAGCAGCCUCUGUCAUUGUUUCUAUGUGGCCCUGCAGGGCCUGCCCGGUCUGGAUAAGUUGAGUCCGGCCUGCUCAGGGGCGAGCACCCCACGCGGCAUCCUCACCACCCACAGUCCCAUGAGUCCUGAAAGUAUUAAGCUCAUGCACAGACACAGCCCUCUGAAUGUGUUGGGGUCUGUCCGCCACUCCUCCUCUUCUCUCUCCUCUCACACCUCCAGUGAGACGGGAAACUUGCUCAUCCUGACAGACAGUAUGAUGGAGCACCCGGAGGACCUCUACCGUAUGCAGCCCAGUCCAUCAUCAUCCAGUUUGAGCUCAACGCAUUCAGCUCCAUCUCAGAUGAUCAACUCAGGGCACGGCAGCAUCAGAGUUGGGUCUCCAUCACUACCUGACAGAUACAGGCACAACCGAGAGAUGUUGAUGCUUCUACCACCACACAGGGACCGUCCCAGCAGUGCCAUGUACCCCAACAUAACCGAGAACGGUCAGCCUACUAACCAUCAGAGGGCUCUAUACCAUCAGGUCAUUGGUCCCUGCAAACCCUGCAGUGACCCUAAUCUCUCUGUGGCUGAUAAAGUGUUGACAGCUCCCAGCAGCUGGAGUUUGGACAGUGGCACCAGGGACACUCUGCCGUUCCUCUCUGCUCAUGUCGGGAGUGUGAUGGCCCCACCCGUUCCCCCCCGCACCCUCCCUCCCGGACACUUCUCGAUGCACUUUGAUGCUUUCCACCACCAGAUCAGCGAACUCCCUCCAGCUCUCCCCGCGCGCUCCUUAAGAAAGUCACCCCUGCACCCUAUACCUGCCUCACCCACCAGUCCACAAUCGGGCCUGGAUGGCAGUAACUCCACCUUGUCCGGCAGCGCCAGCAGUGGCGUCUCCUCUUUGAGCGAGAGCAACUUCGCCCAAUCCUCCUCCGAGCCUCCGGCUCGAGCCGACACCUUGGACUCGAUGCCGAGCAGCCAGGCCUGGACCACGGACACAGAGGAAGCCGAGAGUCCCUACCUCCCCGUGCGCUACAGCGUCUCCGAGCCUGAAGUUCUGGACCCUCUCAAGCCCGCUCCAUGCCGUAGUCACUCAGCCCCAUUGGGUGUAACCCCAGGAAUACCCACCGAUGGCCACCACCACCAUCACCUCCAUCUCCACCAUCACCACCCACACGCAGUACACAUCGCCCACCCGCACUACCACCACCAUGAGCCUCCACCUGCUCUGCCUCCCAAACCCUACCUGAGGGAAGGGUGCAUCCCUGAAGAGGACUUGAGGCCGGUUCCAAGGCCCAUGCCCCGCAAGAUCUCCCAGCCUCUGCUCACUAACAAGGAGGAGCAGGCCAAGGUGGCAUGGGAACAUGGCAUUAGUGAAGAAUAGAUGAAGAACAAGCUUGUACCGUUGGCUUUGGUGUGAUAAGUGGUUGGGUUUCUUUGGAAAGUCCCAAGAAAUGACUGAUUUGAACCUUCUCCUCUACUUCCCAUGUAUCCAGUGUAGGUCUUUUACACCUUUUAAGAAGUGCUUGCCAUGUUGCUGAGCUUCUACAUGCUAGUGAGAUUUUUUGUUUUGCACUUAGUGGUUGUUGGUUGGGAGUUGCCCAGGAGACUUGAGUUCAAACUGCUUGUAGAGCCCAAGCUACUUCCCCUCAUUAAUAUCAGUAUGUUGAUUGGAUAAUACAUAUAUGGUAAGAAUCCCGAAAGUUGUAAUGGUACGAAAAGAGACUUUCAGAUGAAACAGGAAGCACAAAAUGUGAUUCAGGUGGUUUUGAGGUGUACCAGAUCCAAGAGUUUUAUGUCCCCAGAGAUAGAUACACGUCUUGUCAAGGUCUAAAACUUGAAAACACUUCAUAAUCAUCAUUACAAUAGUUUCAAUUUGUAAUACAUACACCUUCAAAAAGAGUGUUGACAAACCUUACCAAUAGGCAUUGUGUCAGUUUUAGUUGGGUUGCACUUUAGCACUUAACCUUUGAGCACCAAAAACCUUAUUAGUUUUGCCUUUUAUCAUUAUUAUUAAAUACUGAAAUAAUUUAGAAAGUGCAAAAGUGGAUCUGUGGUUCUUUAGAUAGUGGCUAAAAUUUAAAUUAAGUUGAAUUACAUCUCGCUACAUAAGGGUGGAUUUCAGAUGAUCUUUGAAGAAGUUUGAAGAUCUCCUCAUCGACCAAGCAUGCCCAUUGUAAAAGCCUCAGAUGCGGUUUUGUUAACACAGCGGUUGAUAUAACAUGCUACCACUUCAUUAGAGACCUUAAAACACUUCACAGACCGUCUGCUACCCCCUGCACGGUAGCGGGAAGCUUCUCCUCAGAGAGAAUCUGCACUGAUUUGACAGUAAGAGGCUUUUACAAUCUUCGUAAAGCCUCAUUACACCCACAAUAUUGUCGUGCUGCGAAAGCAAAUCAGCCACUCUAAACGUUACUACCCCGUUACGCUAAUAACACAACAGCCAAAGCGCUGUUAAAUCAAAGCCAUUUCACAGAUGUCUCUUCACAGUAAAGCGGCUUUUGGUCUCAGCAGGUUCCUUUGGGAAUUGAUUUCUGUUCCUCUGAGUUGACAGUUUUCAUAAAGAAGUAUAUUUUUAGAGAGAGCCAUUAUAAUAUUUCAAGACUUUAAUAUAAUUGUAUUGUAAAAAAUACAGAGUUAGAAUAAAUGCAGCUUAGAUAAUAUCAUACUUUAUAUGGCUAUGAAAGAUUAUAUCACAUUUUUAAAGGUGGAAAGGAGGCAAGAUUCAUGAGUGCGUUUUUUGUUGUGAGUUGAGUAACUUUUCUAAAGUCUUUCAACUGCUGAUAGAUGCAAAUUCAGUACCUGAUGGUGUUUGCAUAUUAACUUCUGAUGACUUGAAAGUAUAUGUUAUUUAAAAAGCUAAUUUUUAUGUACAAUGUGCAUGUUCUCUUCAGUGGUGAUGAUAAUAUUACCCUACAUCACUUGAAGGGAGGGUCUGUUAGAGAUAUUGCUUAUACUGUAUAUGUACACAUCCUCAUCCACAUCAUCAUAAUUAUUUCUGAUUUGAGCAACAUUGCAUAUUACGAUCAAUUUAUGUGGCUGAGAAACCUAAAUUUGCUGGGCAAUUUUAAUUUCAUUUUCCAAAGGAAAGCAAGAACACCCAGUCCAAAAAAGUGACAAGUUGUGAAAGCUAUAUUUCCCAUGUUAAUUUUACUUGUCAGGUGAUGUGUGUCACGAUGGGUAGCUCCGCCCACAGUUAAAUCUCACUGGUCCAAAAUCCUGCAUCACACAACUCUGUUAAAGGGGUCAUGAACUGCAUUUUUUUAUUAUGAUUUUAUAAUGUUUCCUGAGGUGCACUUACAGUAUAAUGUUAGUAUGAUUUUUACAUUAAAAAUUGUCAUAAUUUAGAAAUAAAAGGCCAUUUUUGACCCUGAUUUGAACACUCUGUUGGAAGGGGGCGUGUCUGCUGUGAGACUUAAAUGUAAACGGCUACUUCUAUGACUGGCUAACAUCUUUGCAUAUGAAAUAAGUAUUAUAUCUGGAACUCUCUUGAAAACUCUUACUACAAUUUAACUAUUACAGCUGUUGAUAUUAACUAAUGGUGAAAAGUGUUACACAUUACAGAAUUAUACUAUUCUGUAUCUCAUUGCAACUCGAUUUCUGCACUCUCACAAAUGCUUUCAUCAUAACUAACAGUGCAAAUAUGAUGUAAAUAAGAGAUUUGUCGCACAAUACGCUUUCUGUAUAUAAUUUAAUCAAUUUAAAUAUCAGAUUAUUUUCAGGAACAGCAUUAAACGAGUUUGAGACAAAGAACGUCUGACUGUACAUGAAUCAUUACAUAUCAGAAAUCACUGAUCACAGAUCAGGCAUUAGAAUUAACACAGAUACUUACAGGUUGUGGCACUACUGUCCGGACCAUAUCUUACAGUAAAAGUCUGUUUGCAAAGUCUGCAUCGAAAUUGCAACUGGUUUACCAAAGAAUCCACAGUGAAAUGUACUGAACAAACAAAUAAUGCUCUAUUGAGACAUUCACAUACAGUUGCAAGAAAAAGUAUGUGAACCACUUGCAGAAUCUGUGAAAAUGUGAAUAAUUUUAAG